UGCAGCAACUUGACGUUACAUAUCUCAACAAUUUGUUGGACGAGAGACCUGAUAUUAUUCGCCAUCGCUUUAGAAAUCGUGGAGGAAGGACUUUGCUUCACCUUUUUGCUCAAGAUGGAUGUACACCUUGUCUCAAAAAGAUUCUUGAUUCCGCACAAUGUGAUCCUGAUGUGACGUCUGUCUAUGGAGAUGGUAAACAGUAGACUGCACUGCAUUUGGCAUCACAUUCUGGACGAAGGGAGUGCAUCAGGCUUUUGCUGGAAUAUAACGCUAACCCAUUGGUACGAGAUGCUGGAAGCCAACGUACACCUUUAGACAUUGCAAGGAGUAAACACUUUGCAGGAUGUGUUAAGCUGCUAGAGGAGGGUGAAGUGAAGUAUUUGAAAAACAACUCCCAAGAAGAAAAGCUAAAACAGAGAAUUUUAGCUUCUCAGAAAGACUUGACAAACGCAUUUUUGGAUGGCAGUUGUCAUGCAGUUGAUCAAGUAUUUUCCAAUUAUGGAGAACGGAUAACUGGAAUGGCCCUUUUCCAGCCAGAAAAUCCUGAUGGAGAAUGCCUCAUUUUUCAGUAAAAUAUAACAUGAACAUUAAGAAUAUGCACUAAUUAGAUUGCAUGUUGACGUUGUAGACUUGCAAGGAAUGAUCAUGCUGAUCUCUUAUCUCAGUGUCUUAAGUAUGUUCGCCAUCCACCACCAGUACCAUCAACUGGUCAUACUUUACUUCACUUUUGCUGCUAUCACUGUACUGAUACAGUAAUAGCAACUGUAGUUUGUCACUAUCCUGAUAUGAUCAACAAGGCUGACUAUGAGGGAUCAACUCCACUUCAUGUAGCAGCAUCUUUAAAGAAAGCUGAUGUGAUCAAGCACUUGCUGAAGCCUCAUGUCUCUGUUAACAAGAAUGCUUCAGUUCUACCAGCAGAAGUCAUAUGUCAUGUGAAUGCAGUUGAUCGAGAUGGUCGAACACCGUUGCAUGUGGCUUGUGAGACUGGCGAUCUUGACACUGUCCAGUCACUGCUAGAUGAGGAAAGAGGACUUGAAACAAUGGAUGCCAGUAGCAUUUUUAACCAGACAGUUAAUAUAAAUAGUUUUGCUAAAACUGGACGCACACCUCUUCACGAAGCUGUUUGGAAUGGAGGAUAUGAGUUGGUAGCUUUGUUGUUGCAGCACAGAGCUGAUGUUAAUGCUUUAGGUAGUCCUACAGUUGACGCUAAAGAUGUCAUAAAGAAGGCUGCAGAGGCUGGUGAGGAUGCAUCUAGGUGUGUUCGCUUCCAGGCAUCCAGAGCAGAUGAUCAAGUACACCUACGUGGUCGGCCCAGAUCAUCUACAAUAUGUAAUGCAAGUAGUCCAGCAUUUCAUUUCUCGAAGUCUAUUCAUGAUGGACCUGGUUCAUAUACUGAAGGAAUGCCCAUAUCUUCAUCGCAUAGUGUAUUCAUGUCUUCUGGAAACAGAAGCAAACAAUAUCUAUUUACGAAGUCUGUUAGCAUCGCUGCAACACAGUUUAAUGAGGCAAACAGUGAAGUCACUCCACUGGUGGAAGCAUGUAUACGAGGUGACAUACAGAUAGUUGACUGUUUGUUGAAAGAAGGAGCUACAGACGAACGUGGUUUAGCAUUGUGUGUCUCAUUGUUUCAAGGAUACGAUCUUAUAUCAAAACAUCUGUUGUUGAGAUGCAAUGGUCUUCGUUCAUCAAUGGUGCAAGAAAAGGAUGCAGACAGUCAGGUUAAUGCUUUAGCAAUUUCAUGGCAUGGAUUAUCCCUGGUGCAGAUUGACACUGAGUGGUUGAGUGAGACAUACUUGAUGUGCAGUGAAGAUGAUUAUCAGCCAUACUCUAUUAGUGACACAAUUGAAAAUGCUGUUGCUCCUGCAGUUACCCAUUACUUUUCUCCUUCCAUAAAAACUUUGAGAAGCAGCUCGUGUCAACCUAUUACUUGGCUGAGCUUGAAAUCAAACAAGUUGCUGAAUAUACCAAUAGAAGUAUUUCGGCUAGAAAAUUUGAUUUACUUGGAUGUGUCUGGCAACCUCCUCACUGAACUUCCUACUGAUGGUGUAUCAGAUGCCAAUUUACAGGGAUGGACUUGUCACACAUUGACUUAUUUGAAUGCCAGUGCCAAUGCACUGCUUAGUGUUCCACAGUGCUUGUGGAAAUUAAGUGAAGUAGUUGAAAUCAAAUUGGCUAGGAAUAGUUUAGCAUCUUUAGACAUUGAAGAUGAAUUGUUGACAAAUGAAGAACUGGUAACACUGAAGGUAAACUACAAACUGAAAACACUCAAUGUAAAUAGAAAUUGCCUCCAGGCAUUGCCAUCUUCAUUGUUUGCAUAUCCUUUGUUAACUGAAAUAACAGCUACUAAUAACGAAAUCGAAAGUCUUCCUUCUAAUAUGUGGACUGCGCCUUCACUGCAGUCAUUACAUUUGUCACAUAACCAUCUUUCCAGCCUUCCUGUUGAGUCAUUGCCCAAAGGUGUGAGGGAUAGCAUAUUAUAUCAUCGGUCUCCAACUGGUGGUAAUACGCUUGACAAUGUAACUGGGGCUGGACAUGAAGCAAGCUGUAGCUUAUUGAGGCAAUGCUCUUGGGUUAAAGUGACCUAUUACAGUAAUGGUAAAAUGGCUGCUUUGCCCCUAGCUGAUGACAAUUACAUGUCAAAAAACUGUGGAAUCGCUUAUGUGGCUAGUUCUCUGCAGGUAGGAAUGAAUGCAACAGAACUAGACUCAUAUUGGGCAAUAAGUGAAGAUGUGGAGCAAGAAAUCUUUGAAGACAAACAGUCUGGUUUGAAGACUCUCAAGUUGGCUGAUAAUAGAUUUUAUAAUGUUCCAAGUGGUUUGCCUUGUCUGGCACCUAACCUUACUCAUCUGAAUCUUUCUCAUAACCCGAUUGUUAAGAUGGGUUCUUUGUGCCAAUACCCUGCACAUCUUGAAACUCUAAAUCUUUCUCACACGGAGCUAGUGUCUACAGAAGUGGAAUCUUGCAGCCAUUAUCAUAUCUGUUAUGUAGCUGAAAUGGGACAUGAAUCUGUAGACCAUGGCCAUCGUUGUAGUCAUCAGUCUCAUGAAAUCUUGUGUACACUGAAGAGGCUGAACCUAAUGGGCAACUUUCUGACUUCCGUUUGUCUUCAGCUAUCCAAAUCUCCAUACAUGAUGCAAACACAGAGGAUUAACUUCAGGGCAGAUGGUAACACUGGAGACGAAGUGGAAGUUCAACGCUUGCAGCUGCUUUAUCCACUACUCCUUCGACUUGACCUUAGAAACAAUCGACUGAAAUUUCUUCCAGCUGCAAUAGGAUACCAGGAACAACUCCAAUAUUUGCACUUAGAAGGGAAUCCAGAAUUAACAGAACUUCCUCUGGAGCUUGGUCGCCUGAAACGCAAACUCUGGAGCUUAAAACUGGAUGCUGACCAAAUGCACAUUCCUUCUCCAGGAAUAGCAAAAGGCAGUGCACUGGAAAUUCUAACAUAUCUUUAUUCUUUGAAACAAGAUUCAGUUGAACAUCGCCAGUUAAAGCUGACAGUAGUUGGUUAUGAGAAACGCGGUAAAACAAGCCUGCUGAUUCGACUGCGUGGUGGGCAAGCCAACAAGCAGCAGGCAUCCACAAAAGGUGUGGACCUUGUAGAAUGGACCCUAAAGGAGCCACAUCGUCUGCGGGGUCGUUCUAAGGACAAACAUGCACCUGUGACUUUUAUUACAUAUGACUUUGCAGGACAGGUUGAAUACUAUGCCACACAUCAGUGUUUUCUCUCUGAACAUUCUCUCUACCUCGUGGUGUGGGAUAUGACUCUUGGUGAAGAUGAAGUGAAGCGCAUGCGACAGUGGUUACUAAACAUUGAGGCAAGAGCUCCAGGAUCUCCAGUUAUUAUUGUUGGAACACAUUGGGACCUUGUAAAAGGCAAACCAUUUGGUUUUAAGAAUAAGGAAGACUAUCAAGUACAUAUGCACAAUUUGAUCAAGACCCUCUACAUGAACAAGUCAUCUCAACAUGGCCUACCAGUUGUUCUAGCGGCACAUGAGGUCAGUUGUAAAUCUCAAGGUUCUGACAGCAUGGAGAGACUUAGAGAAAGUAUAUACAAGACUGCUGUGAACCUACAGCUUGACAAAGGGGGCAAAGUAACUUUCAAGCUCAAUCAUGAGCAAGGAAGUCAUCUCUUACUGCAACAGAAAGUUCCUGCUAGUUAUCUAGAGCUCCAAAGGCGAGUGAAAAAGGAAGCUGUUGCCAAAGAAUGUUGUGGAGAAGACCCUGUUAUUGUAGAGUCAGAUUUCAGGAGUAAAGUGUGUCAAACUUUGUUUGAAGAUGAUAAUGAAAUGCAACAAGCUGUUCUCUUCCUACAUCAAAGAGGAGUGUUGCUUCAUUACAAUGAACCUUCACUGAAACAAACAUACUUUCUCAACCCUCAGUGGUUAAGCAAAAUGCUAGCAAAUGUCAUCACAAUCAAAGCUGAAAAUCUGUUUCUAAAUCAUGGUCUAAUCAGACAAGAAGACUUGGUGAUGUUGUUUGGUGACAGACACCUAACAAGUCACAGAUUAGGAGUUUAUAUCAAUCUGAUGAGUAAAUUUGAAGUAGCAAUGCCUCUGCGAGGAAAUUGGUUAUUAAUACCUUCUCACCUUCCAUCCACAUUGGAAGAAGCAAGGCUAUUACCUUCUAUCAUGGCAUCUGAAACUGCUAAGAGCCCUACUACAAUGCAACGACAAUCAGGAACGCAGCAAGGUAGGCUGGAGGAGCAAACUGCAAACGUUCAGGAAAGUUUACUUGCAGAUUCAUCAAGUUUGUCACCACUUACUGAAAAAUUGCCCUCUUUGUCGAAACAAAAUAGCUCUGAUUAUGUGUUGGAUCAACUUAUCCCUUAUUACAGGUUUUGGAUGAUUAGCUACGUUCCUAGUGGGUUCUGGCCACGACUGCUGUGCAAGAUAACUACAGACAGUCGUAUGAACCAUUCGCUAUUAGGACUUGGCAUUUUAGUGGCUGAUCAAGUGCAACAAGAUGAGUGCUGCCCUCCCAACCAAGUCUUUAGUGCUGAGUGGUUGCUCUGGUCUACAGGCAUUCAGUUACAUUGCAACGGGUUGGUUCUUUGGCAGCUACAAGAGAAUGUUGCAGCUCCUUCAGUUGCAGUAUGGUGUCACCAUUCCAACAACUCUGUUCCACUGGAUGAGAAGAAUCGUCGUUAUGUGGGUUGUAUACAGCUAUCAGUGUUUGUCGAAAAUUUGUUUAAAUUGCACACAUAUUACUGCCAACAAAGGCAGGAUAACACAGAGAACAGUGGGUGUAGUUUCCGUACUGCUAGUGACAUGGGUAAUGCUUUUCUCUCUGAAUCUGACAUGUGUCAAGUCUUAAGGUUUAAGGGUGAAGCAGAAGCAACUACACUACAAGAUAGCAAACGAGUAGCAACAGAGACCCUAGUCAUUGUGUCAAGGCACAUCCAACGUCUAAUUGAAGACUGGUAUCCUGGUCUCAUAGAGCGAAGUGAUUUCAAGCAUGUCUACUGUGUUAUACCUUGUGUACAGUGCAUGCUGUCUCCACCACCAGGUAAAGAACAAGAUUCUGCCGAGACAGAACUGGAAGAAUUUCCUACUUACUCACAUCUUGACAGCUUGAGACAGAAACUGCCUUCUGUACCACAGUCUCAGUCUGCAACACCAGAAAGUGGCAGUUCUGUUUCUGAUCCAAAAGCAAAAUCUGACACUACAGGUAGUGUUGACUCAGGCCAUGAAACUAAUGACGAUCUCUUACGUCUUCGAGCAGAGAGCUGGGUGGAUAUCCAUUCAAUGGCAUGGAAUGAACUAAUUGGCCGGGCUAUCAAUGGCAUUGUGUUUGAAGAUGCAAUUGCAUUGGUCAGUUGUGGCCAAAGAGAAUUUCCUUGUGGCAGACAUGGGGAUGUCAGUUUUGAUAGAGUAGCUCCAGACUUGAUAUUUGAAGACCUUCCAUCAAAUGUCUUGAAAUUGUCUUCAGAAUCAUCUCUUAUUCAUAAAGAUGGGCUAGAGGUGGAACUGUUGGGGCAAGGAGGCUAUGGUGCAGUGUACAGAGCACGUUUGCAAAAUAAUGAUGGUGGCACACAAAGAGUGGCAAUCAAAAUGUUUAGUGGUGCUAAAGAUCAUUCUGGUCAAUGCGCAGAUCAGGUUGCGGGUUUCAAUGCGGCACUGUGUUACAAACUUGCACGACAGGAGCUGGAUAUUCUCAUACAUGUUAAACACAAACACAUACUUCAACUUGUUGGAGUUGAUUUGAGCUCACUAUCUCUGCUGCUGGAGUAUGCAGAGAAACGUGAUUUGCAGUAUAAUCUGAAGAUGUUCAAGAGUGCUGGAGUGCGAGUUGGUAUUAGGACUGUGCAACAAGUUCUGUCUCAGGUGGCAGCUGCAGUUUCUUUUCUUCAUGAGAAAGAGAUAAUCCAUCGUGAUCUGAAACCUGACAAUGUGUUGGUCUUAUCCUUUCCUUCACCUCAUCAAUGUAGUAAUGAAGUUCAAGACGAUGUCCUUGUGAAACUAGCUGACUAUGGCAUCAGUCGUUUGAGCGGACGCAUUGGCAGCAAAGAUGGUGGUGAGCACACACCUCGAUACACAGCACCUGAACUGGUGCAGUCUACUGGACGAGUGCAGUAUAGUGAAAAAGUUGAUGUGUUCUCAUUUGCUAUGGUGAUCUACUACAUCAUCUCAUACAAAUCUCCUAUGUGGAAAUGGGGUCCAGAACAGGCAGACAGAGCGAUUACCCUUGGAGAAAGGCCACAACUAUCGUCACAGGAACAGCACACAAAGCCAUUAGUGCAAGAUGUAAUGUUGGCUUGUUGGCAGCAUGACCCAGACUAUCGGCCAUCUAUGAAGCAAGUUGAGUCGGUUAUCAAUUCUCCUGUAUUCUCUCGAGUGUCAAAGGUGAUGUCAAAUCUUGAUAGAGCCAGAACCUUGGGAAUUGCCUGCCUUUGGUAUAUGGAUGAGAACUCUCUUCCACGAAUGUGGUUGUGUGGAGGGACAAGCAAGGAAGGAACUGUAUUGGUUGUGAACAUGGCCAACAAAUCUGUGACGGAAUAUCGAGGACUUUGUAACUCCAAGAUAGUGUGUGCUUGCACAGUUGAUAACUCAAUAUGGCUGGGAACUCGUUGUGGAAGUUUGUUGGUCUACAAACUCAACCCUGAUGAUUCAGCUCAUUUAGCUUCAAUAGAACAACCAUAUCAUUCAGAUAAAAUUAUUGCUAUCCAACACUGUCAGCAACAUGCUGUAGUUGCAGUGGCUGUGACUGGUGGAGCAUUACAUCUCUACUCAGACCAGUUGAAAGAUAGUGAUAGAUUGAUUUUAAAAGCUAAAGUUCUUCAUGUAGACCCAGAGCAACCUACUGCUACAGCAAACUGUGUACAAUUUGUGACUCACUUAAGGACAUUAGAAGUAUGGUGCGGUUUGUCAUCAUCAAAGAUUGCUAGAUUUACAGUGCAACAAGACACGAUUGGAUUGGUGAUGAAUGCAACAGGAAAGAUCAAUUCUGAACCAUCAGAACAAAGAGCUCAGCCAUACAUUCAUGCUGCGACAUGUUAUCAUGAGACUGAAGGAGACAACACUUUGAGACUCUGGUUUGGGCAGCUUCGACGACCACAACUGAAAUGGAUUGAUCGAGCUGGUCUUCAGACAGGUAUGUUGAAAAUUAGGGACAUUCUUCCGCUAGAAGAGAGAUCAAGGCUUUACAUCAGCACAAUGUCUUCACGGGGAGCAGAUCUAUUUGUUGGUUUAGAAGCUGGAUAUAUCAUUGUCAUUAACUCAUUGAUGUGUACAUGCCUUUCAGUUCUGCCUCUCUAUAGUGACGAAGUGUUGUACAUUAUGCCACAAUCAGCUGGACUGAAACUGGAUGAUACAUAUCAAGUUAUUUCAUAUGGAAUUGGGUUUAGGCAUUUAUAUAGACCACAGCAAAGUGAUAAGAGCAAUGAAUAUGCUGAUAUCAUAUGCUGGGAAGGAGGAAAAUGGUAAGAGUUUGAUUGUUUUCAAUCAGUAACUGUAGAGGCUAAUGAAGAGAUAAACAGGAUAGCUCUAGAAGCUGUUCUCUGCAUAUAGCAAAUUUUGUACACAUGUACUGAACAAAUAUAUUGAAGGUAUUUUACCUUU